AUGACUGAUGGAUGGGGGUUCAAGAAGGUUCAGUACACGAAGUACCGCAUCACGAAGCCGUGGACUACAGACACACAGUUCGACGAUCUGCUCCUUUCCGAACCCUCAAGGGACACCCUUGCCAAGUUCACCAAAGAAGCUCCGCUCUUUCUCCGGUUUUUAAAGCUCAUUACAGACGUGGAGAACAGGCCUCGUGCGUUCAUUGAAUUUGCAAAGAGAUGCGAGAACGGUCUCGUAGUGGAGAAGGACGUUUUCAUAACAAAAGAAGAACUUAUGAAAUGUAUCUGGGAGAACGGGUACUCACAGAACGAAAUGAACGCAUUUGAAUUUGCAUUUCCAGCUGAUUACAAAUUCCAUUAUCCCGAGCUGGCGGUGUUGUUUGACUUGCCGGAAGAGGACUGUUACAAGUACUGCAUUCGUCAGAGGGCAAAGACACCCGAGAAGCUCGUGGAAAUCAAAUAUGAGAAACCAAAGAACCUUGAAGAAAAGACGAUGAUCGAGGGCGCAAAGGACCGAAAAAGCGCCGGUGAGGAACUGGUGCACAGGCAGUUGAAGAAAUAUGCAAAUGAUGCUCGUUGCCUUGAGUACGUUUCUUCGUUUAAAGAUGAAGUUCAGCAGCAGCUAGCUGAUUACCAUGUAGCUCUGUUAGAGCAAAUGAGGCAAAGAAUGAUGGAGCGAAUUACAAGCAAGCUCAAUGCGAUUCAGCAAGCAGAGAAGGCAAUCCAGGGCUCCCUUCAAGAGGUCAUCGUGCGAGAGCUUGCUGAAUCUUUCCAAAGGAAAUUCGCAACCGACGCGAAGCUGCAGGAUUUAGCGCUGAAAGCUGCAAUUGAGGGCAUCGCCGGGGAGUCUCCUUCUUGCGUGAACGUAUUCAUUUUCGUCUGUGCGCGCACUGAGGUGUCAUGCGCUUAUUUUCAGGAUCCUGUAGGGGCUCACUUCAUUGAGUCUUUGAAGGAACUUGAAAAUGCUGAUAUUGCAAAUUCGAAGUCAACGGGCGGUGGAUCUGUUGUCGAAAGAGUUUCUGCGGUAUUUCAACGUCGUGAACAGGAAUUUCUUCAGUUGUUUACCGUCAGCCCGGAAGAAGCCAACGAGGUGAAGCAGCUCGUUGGGAAGUGCAAGUCUGGCGAUGAAUAUGACUUUUCCAAGCUGUCGGAAAAGGACGCGGCGAGGUUGGACGCCCUUCAGCUGAACAUCCUCGAUCGCGUUGGAUACGCGACCGUCUUGGAGGACGACGUCAAACCUCUCAAAGCAAUUGGUCCCUCUGGUGAAGCCCUUGUUGAACACGUUAACAAUCAGCUAGCAAUGGCGAAGGAGAAGAUUCGAAAUGCUAGGUUAACAUCAUUUGCGAGGGAAACCAGUGAUGGGUUGCUUCCGCAUUUGGCGGAUUCGCAUUUCUGGAAGAGGCUUUCUUUCACUCAAUUCGUCAUAUAUCUUGUCGGUUUCUCGGAGGGGCUCACACAUCUCGCCGCCCUUGCUAUAUACUACAUGCUCAAGGAUGAUCUAGGUUUGAGUCCUGCGGAAGUCUCAGCUUUGUUCAUUGCCCCCGCCCUUCCUUGGGUCUUCAAGCCAAUUUUCGCAUUCAUUUCGGAUUCAUAUCCUCUCUACGGCUCCCGGAGAAAGCCUUACAUGAUCGCCUUCAGUUUGUUGGAAGGACUGGGCUUCAUCAUGUUGGGAACAUUCCCCACACACGUCUUGACGGCUUUGAUUUCCCUCUUUACAAUAUCCAUUUCCGCAGCUUUCUGCUCAGCGGUGGCUGAAGCACUAGUUGUCGAGACUACUGCCGGACGAUCAAUGGACCAAAGCGCAGAAAACGUGUCUGAUUUCAUAACUGCCAAAGCAGUUGGAAGUCUCAUUGUUGCCUACCUGUCGGGCUACUUGCUCGAGAAGACUUCCAAGCAAAGCAUUUUUCUGGCCACUUCAAUAUUCCCACUCUUCAUUGCGUUUAUCACCUUCUUCAUGACUGAUGAGGGCGGAGCACCUUCAUACGAUAUAAAAACACAGCUGCGAAUGCUCAUGGAAUUCCUUAAGCAAUCCGUCAUCUGGGGACCCGCACUCUACAUUUUCGCGUACAUGGCUGGGCCCGACUAUGAUGAUGCCCUAUUCUUCUAUUUCACCAACAAGCUCGGCUUUUCUCCCACCUUCAUGGGAACCCUAAGAUUCACCUACGGUAUCGCUGCUCUGGUUGGAGUUGUGAUGUACCGCACUUUCUUCAAGAGCACCGGCUUCCGCAAAACCCUGCUCGCGACGAUCUUAGUAGCUGUGCCUAUUUACCUUUCACCAAUCAUUCUUACUACUGGAUUCAACAGAACCCUUGGCAUUAGCAAUAAGGCGUUCGUCUUGAGUGGAGGCUUCCUUAUUGAGGCCACUGCUGAAAUUCAACUGCUUCCACUCCUGGUUCUGACAGCCUCUAUCUGCCCCCCCGGUCUUGAGGGCAGUGUCUAUGCCAUGAUGAUGUCUGUUAGGAACUCGGGAGCAAUGGUUUCCCGCGGGAUCAGUGCAAUCCUAACCUACAUGGCAGGAAUUACUUCCAGCAAUUUCACUCAUCUGACUGGAUACAUCAUGCUUUGCGGGGCAAGCUUGUAA